CGGUGUGGCAGUAGCGCGCGAUCUGCCGCGGCGGCCGCCGUACGAGACGCGCGCGCAACGAACGAACGACCCGCACUCACGCACUACCGCGCACCAUCACGCACGUGAACUGUGUCCACGAACCUUCCACGUCACAAAGGACAAGAUCCCUCCAAUUUUACAAGGGAACCCAACAUUUGGGUCUUCGAAGGAUAGAGACUACACAGUACUUGCGAGGGCGGAUUUUAACGAACAAAUCGACUUACAAACUCGAACCGCACGAAGGUGUCGCGUCGCAAAAAGCGCAACACAAUAGAGUAAGCGUCUAAUUAUAAACGUGGUUGAGUUAGCAGCUAAGAUGCAGAACAUCGAUCCGCUGGAGAUCGCUAACAUCCUGGCAACGGAGCUGUGGUGCCACCAGCUGGCGAACCUAGAGGGCCUCCAGUCGGGGGUCCCAACCCGCACCACGGCGACCAUCACGCCCACGCAGUUGCGCAACUUCGAACAGACCUACAUCGAGUUGAGCAACUGUCGCGGUGACCAGAACAACCACGUGGGCUUCGUGCCGCCCUCUGUCUCGCACGCCAACAACUACGGCAUCCUGAACAACGCGGGGUACUGCGAGUCUGCGAACACGGCGCUGCACGUGUCCCCGGGCCCGGCGUCGUCCGGGGACUCCAGCAGCAGCCCCGGCCUGCCCGCGCCCAAGCGGCGUAACAUGGGCGGUCGUAGACCCGCCAAAACACCCCAAGACCUCUCCCCCGAGGAAGAGGAGCGCAGAAAGAUACGCCGCGAACGAAACAAGAUGGCCGCCGCCCGCUGCCGUAAGCGCAGACUCGACCACACCAAUGAACUACAAGAUGAAACCGACAAACUCGAAGAGAAAAAACAGUCGUUACAAGAAGAAAUUAGGCAACUUAAUGCGUCCAGACAAAAGUUAGAAACGAUCCUUCAGAAUCAUUUGCAAUCGUGCCGCCUGAAGAACAAUAGAUCAGUGAGCCCUGCCGACGUGAAGCCCUUCCAGCCGUACCAGUACGCGGACGCGCCGGAAGAUGGCAUUCGAGUUAAAGUGGAGAACAUGGAACCUACCGUCGACCUGGGGCUAUCAGACAGUGAUUUGUUCUCGCCGAACCCAGACCAAAAGAUAAUGCUGUCGGCGGCGAACCCGGUGGUGUGCGGUUCCCCCCCUCCCCCCGCGCUGAGCACUCCCCCCGCUCCCCCCGCGGCCCCCGCGCGCCCCGCGAGGCCCAGCUUCCUGCAGGUCCCCGCGCACGCAGCGCACGCCACACAAUGUGCCCUCGGACAGGUAAAGGCGCAAAAACUGAAAAUCCUCGCGAACAACAACUCAGUCCCUGGCGUGGAGAUCUCGACGCCCAGCAACGGCAUCCCCUUCAACUUCGACAGCCUCAUGGAGGGCGGCACCGGGCUCACGCCCGUCCACCCCCACCCGCACGUCUGCAGCCAGCAGACCCGCGCCGCGCCGGACGCGGCCUCGCCCGACGGCCUCAACAGCCUCGUCAGCCUCUGAGGCCCGCAGCACUGGCCUGAUGUCACUUUGUGGAAAUUGCAGACCUGUUGAAAACGCCAGUUUCUGAAAAUGUCAGAUUCCACAAACGACAUAUUUUUGCUAUAAAUGCAUGCCACUAAGAUCAUUUGUGAUGAUAUUUAGCGCAAUCUAAAAAAUUCGAAGAUUUUAAAAAAAUUAUCAAUCAAACAAUAAUCGAUCAUUUAUAUAAUCUGAAUAUUUGCAGAAGCUGGCGUUUCGAAAAAUAAGUUUGUCUUAUCCAGAUUCGGACAUCAGUAGACGAUACCCUCCACCUCGCACGAGGCCCGCGUCUAACGCGCCCGAACAUAGUUCGACACUAAAAAUUCUAAAGACUAUUCCUUUCUCUUUCUAUGGACGAUUUUCUAUCUUAUUUAUUGUGACUUAGGUAACUACUUGCUCACUAUGCGCUUUCUAUUUAUUAGACGGCCCCGGCCUAUACGAGUCAAUUUGUCUAUUUUUAUACGAAUAAUAAUUGUAAUGAAAUAAAA